AUGUAUAUAUUUUUUUCAGCCAUGACUCUAAGAAUAGUUUUCCGUACCUCCGUUCUGGUUCUCCUGAUUUACAGCGCAGUAACUCAGAAAUGUCCUGCAGGUGGAAGAUCCGAGAGCUCCAUCGUGGGCUGGAUGUUACGGGGACACGUGUACGACACUCUUCUCGCUGAACUUCCGUUUGCGUGCGUAUUCAAGUGUCGCGAAGACAAUCGAUGCCAAAGUUUUAACUGGGUUAUCUCUCUUCUCACGUGCGAGUUUAACAACAGGACAAAGGAAGCCAGGCCUGAGGACUUCAUUCCAAACCCAGACAGAUCUUACUAUCGACGUGAUUUAAAACGAGGUGAGCCUAGUGAGGGAGCAUAAAGUAUAACCUAUGCAAGGGUAAAAGUAAACUGAUAUAAUAAGGAACUGUUUUUGACCUUUCAGUUCCACUCGGCUCUAUUCAAGAACUACCAGCAGAGUCUUGUGAGGAAAUAAAGAGGAGCGAAGGGCACGCUGUCAGCGGGAAAUACUGGUUUUCCUCAGUAAAAUCUGGUACAUCCGUCCUGGCUUAUUGCAACAUGGAGACCAACGGUAGGUCAGGUCUUCGACUGACAAAAAGUUAG